AUGCACUGUGUGCAGCACAUGAGCUGCGAGCACCCUCCAGACAUUCAAAUAAAACACCUUUCAAAACUGGAGGCAACUUCCUGCUUACCUGCAGGUAUUCUAAUUUUGAAUGUAACAAAACUUUUACCCUCCUUCACGCAAAACACUGCCUUUUUGGAUACUGAGUGUGUAGGAAGAAGCGUUGUCGGGGUGUUCAGGCACGGAGAUUUAUUCCUGGCUAGUGACUUGUGUCUUAAACACAGUGGACAGUCGGAGGAGAAGCUUCACUGCGCGCUGCACGGCUCUCCGGGCAGCGGGCUCUCUGUGCAGCUUCAUUUGACGCUCGUUAAAGCGCGCAAACAACACCAAAGCCCGUCAGAAACCAUCCACAGACAGUCUGUUGUGCUGAUCAGAAGGGGAAAGCGGCAGGUUAAUUCAUCUCCCCAGUUUCAACUAACCAACUAUCAAGUGUCUGUGAGUGAGAAUGAGCCCGCUGGGACGAGAGUUAUCACCCUAAAAGCAAAUGACCCGGAUGAUGGAGAAGCGGGGAGGCUGGAGUACAGCAUGGAAGCCUUGUUUGAUAAAAGGUCUGAUGACUUUUUCUACAUAGACUCACAGACUGGAAGCAUAACAACUAUCCAGGCUCUGGACAGAGAAGUCAAAGAAGCCCAUCUGUUCAAAGUUACCGUGACGGACAAUGGCACCCCCAAAAGAUCUGCCACUUCUUACCUCACUGUCACUGUAAGUGACACCAACGACCACACCCCUGUGUUUGAGCAAAAUGAAUAUCGAGUCAGCAUCCGAGAAAACGUAGAAGUGGGCUUUGAAGUUAAGACAGUCCGGGCCACUGACGGUGAUGCUCCCUCCAACGCCGACAUGAUUUAUAAAAUUGUGAACGCAGACGAAGUCAACUCUGCGUUUGAAAUUGACCCCCGGAGCGGCCUGGUGAGGAUCAGAGAGCGGCCUGACAGGGAGACCCGGGCCCAGUACCAACUGAUCGUCGAAGCCAACGAUCAGGGCAAGGAUCCAAGUCCCCGCAGUGCCACCGCCACAGUUUACAUCACUGUGGAAGACGAAAAUGACAACUACCCACAGUUCACUGAAAAGAGGUACGUGGUGCAGGUCCCAGAGAACGUGCCAGUCAACACCAAAGUGAUCCAGGUGGAGGCGACGGACAGAGAUGAGGGAAACAAUGCCAAAGUUCACUACAGCAUCAUAAGUGGCAACGUUAAAGGGCAGUUCUACAUUCACUCCCCCACUGGUGUCAUUGAUGUCAUCAAUCCACUUGACUAUGAAAAGAUUCGGGAGUAUAAUUUAAGGAUUAAGGCUCAGGAUGGAGGCAGGCCUCCGCUGAUAAACAGCACAGGGAUGGUGGUGGUGCAAGUGGUGGACGUCAAUGACAACACACCCAUGUUUGUCAGCACACCUUUCCAGGCUACAGUGCUGGAGAAUGUGGCCGUUGGCUACUCUGUCAUCCACAUUCAAGCCAUUGAUGCCGAUUCAGGGAAAAAUUCUCUCCUGGAAUACCGCAUUACCGACACCACGCCAGGUUUUCCGUUCACCAUCAACAACAGCACAGGCUGGAUUACGGUUAGUGAGCCGCUCGACAGGGAGGAAAUUGAAUUUUACACCUUUGGCGUGGAGGCGAGAGAUCACGGGACACCUGUGAGGUCCUCCUCUGCCAGUGUCAGCGUCACAGUGCUGGAUGUGAACGACAACACGCCCGCAUUCUCAGAGAAGACCUACUCACUGAAGAUCAACGAAGAUGCUGUGGUCGGCAGCAGCGUGCUGACAGUGACCGCCGUGGACAGGGAUGUGAACAGCAUGGUGACGUAUCAGAUCUCCAGUGGCAACACCAGGAACCGCUUUGCCAUCACUAGCCAGAGUGGCGGUGGCCUCAUCACCUUAGCCCUUCCCCUGGACUACAAGCUGGAACGCCAGUAUGUCCUGACAGUCGCCGCCAGUGAUGGAACACUUUACGACACCGCCCAGGUGUUCAUCAAUGUCACCGAUGCCAACACACACCGGCCUGUCUUCCAAAGCGCCAGCUACCACGUGUCUAUCAGUGAAGACAAACCAGUGGGCAGCACCGUGAUAGUGAUCAGUGCGACAGAUGAAGACACGGGGGAAAAUGCUCGUAUCACGUACGUAAUGGAAGACAAUGUUCCUCAGUUCGAAAUUGACCCGGAUACAGGUGCCAUCGUAACCAAAAUGGAGCUUGACUAUGAGGAUCAGGCCUCCUACACUUUAGCCAUCACUGCCAAAGACAAUGGCAUCCCCCAGAAAUCUGACAUCACUUAUGUAGAGAUCAUCAUCAGUGAUGCCAAUGAUAACGCUCCUCAUUUUCUCAGAGACAUCUACCAGGGGAGUGUUCUUGAGGAUGCACCUGUCUACACUAGCGUGCUCCAGAUCUCUGCUUCAGACAGAGAUAGUGGAUCAAACGGCAGGGUGACCUAUACAUUUCAAGGUGGGGAUGACGGUGACGGGGAUUUUCACGUAGAGCCUCACUCUGGCAUCGUCAGAACCGCUCGCAAGCUGGACCGGGAAAACGUUCAUGUUUAUAACCUGAAGGCUUUUGCCGUGGAUAAAGGUGUUCCGCCUCUGAAAGCUGCUGUUUCUAUUCAUAUUGUAGUCCAAGACAUAAAUGACAAUGCUCCAGUGUUUGAGAAGGAUGAGCUUUUUAUUGACGUGCAAGAGAACAGCCCAGUGGGAUCAGUCGUGGCCCAGAUCACUGCCACAGACCCCGACGACGGCACUAAUGCUCAGAUCAUGUAUCAGAUUGUAGAAGGAAAUAUUCCAGAAGUGUUCCAGCUGGAUAUUUUCAAUGGAGACCUCACUGCACUCACAGACUUGGAUUAUGAGACCAAAACUGAGUAUGUCAUAGUCGUUCAGGCCACAUCAGCACCGCUAGUGAGCCGUGCUACUGUGCACAUCCGCCUAGUAGAUAUGAAUGACAACGAACCAGUGCUGCACAACUUUGAGAUUCUCUUUAAUAACUAUGUCACCAACAAGUCCAACAGUUUUCCAUCUGGAAUAAUAGGAAAGGUUCCGGCUCAUGACCCGGAUGUGUCGGAUAAACUGCGCUACAAGUUUGAGUCUGGAAAUGAGCUCAGUCUGCUGCUGCUGAAUGAAGAAACUGGGGAUCUGAGGUUGAGCAGGGAUUUGGACAACGACAGGGCUCUGGAAGCACCCAUGACUAUUUCUGUUUCAGAUGGUCUCCAUCGUGUUGUUGCCCUCUGCACACUGCGGGUCACUAUCAUCACUGAUGACAUGCUGACAAACAGCAUCACGGUUCGUCUGGAGAACAUGUCCCAGGAGCGUUUUCUAUCUCCCCUGCUCAGCCUCUUUCUUGAGGGAGUGGCGGAUGUACUCUCCACCAAGCGGGAAGCAGUGUUUGUGUUCAACAUCCAAAACGACACCGACGUCCAAGGCUCCAUCCUCAACGUAACCUUUUCGGCGCUGCAGCCCGGAGGGGCUCCUGGUAAAGGCAUGUUCUUCCCAUCUGAGGAGCUGCAGGAGCAGAUCUACCUCCACAGGACUCGACUCAGGCUCAUAUCCACUCAAGAGGUGUUGCCGUUUGAUGAUAACAUCUGCCUACGGGAGCCCUGCGAGAACUAUAUGAAGUGUGUAUCAGUGCUGAAGUUUGACAGCUCCCCUCCCUUCAUCACCUCUGACACGGUUCUGUUUCGACCUAUCCACCCCAUCAACGGGCUGCGCUGCCGCUGCCCGGUCGGUUUCACCGGAGAAUACUGUGAGACCGAGAUCGACCUCUGCUACUCAGGGCCCUGCAAGAACAACGGGAGGUGUCGGAGCAGAGAGGGCGGAUAUACCUGCGAGUGCCUGGAGGACUUCACAGGCGAGCACUGUGAGAUUAAUGCAUCAUCAGACCGCUGUGUACCAGGUGUGUGCAAGAAUGGUGGUACGUGCAUCAACCGGCUGGCAGGUGGUUUCAUGUGCGAGUGUCCACCCGGGGAGUAUGAGAAGCCCUACUGUGAGAUGACCACCCGCAGCUUUCCUGGACAGUCCUUCAUCACCUUCAGAGGCCUGCGGCAAAGGUUCCACUUCACCGUCUCCUUCAUGUUUGCUACCAGGGAAAGAAACGCCCUGCUCCUCUACAACGGCAGGUUCAACGAGAAACAUGACUUCAUCGCCCUGGAGAUCAUCGGUGAACAGAUUCAGCUCACCUUCUCUGGAGGUGAGACAAAGACCACAGUGGCUCCCUACGUCCUGGGUGGAGUCAGUGACGGUCAGUGGCACUCAGUCCAGCUCCAUUACUACAACAAGGACGGGUGGAGUCUGGUGGACUCCAGCGGAGCUCUGCGGCUCCCUCUCUAUACCGCCUGGCUGGAGCUCAAUAAGAAGGAGCCUAAAAUGGUGAGCGUGGGGAACCCUUUCGGACCGUCCGGAGAAAAAGUGGCUAUGGUCGCCAUUGACGAUUGUGACAUAUCCAUGGCGAUCCGCUUCGGAAAGCAGAUCGGGAACUACUCCUGCGCCGCGCAGGGUACCCAGAUUGGACAGAAGAAAUCACUGGACUUGACAGGGCCGCUGUUACUGGGUGGGGUUCCCAACCUGCCAGAGGAUUUCCCAGUCAGGAACAGGAACUUUGUAGGCUGCAUGAGAAACUUGCGCAUCGACAGCAAACCCAUCGACAUGGGCAGCUUCAUUGCUAACAACGGCACCACAGAAGGGUGUCCAGCAAAGAAAGACUUUUGCACAAAUGGUGUGUGUCAAAACGGAGGCACGUGCGUCAGCAAGUGGAACACUUACAUCUGCGACUGCCCUACUGGUUACGGUGGCAAGAACUGUGAGCAAGUGAUGCCAUCACCUCAGUUCUUUGGCGGAGAGGCACUGGUGUCUUGGAGCAACCCGGACAUCACUGUUGCUGUUCCCUGGUAUAUUGGCCUAAUGUUCCGCACCCGGCGUCCUGCUGGCACCCUGAUGCAGAUCAACGCUGGGCCUUCCUCUACCAUCAACCUCAUGGUAAGUGAGCAGCGGGUCCAUAUGGAAGUGUUGCUGAGGCACCAGUUGGUGGCAUCGCUGAGCUUUCCUCAAGUGCGUGUCAAUGACGGGGAGUGGCACCACUUGCUGAUUGAACUGAAAAGCAUCAAAGAUGGCAAGGAAAUCAAAUACAUGGCAGCUGUCUCUCUGGACUACGGCAUGUAUGAGAAGUCAGUCGAGAUCGGCAAUGACCUCCCAGGCCUCAAGCUGCAAACUCUUCAUGUUGGAGGUUUGCCCGGGGAGAGAAACGAUGUCAUCAAAGGAUUUGUUGGCUGCAUACAGGGUGUGCGUAUGGGUGAGACAUCCAACAACGUGGCCAAUGUGAACAUGGCGCAGGGCCUGAAGAUCCGUGUGGAAAACGGCUGUGAUCUGGCUGACCCGUGCGACUCCAACAUCUGCCCUGAGAAUAGCCAGUGCAUUGACGACUGGAGCACACACACCUGUGCUUGCGACCCAGGCUACUUUGGGAAAGAUUGCGUGGACGCUUGUAAGCUCAACCCCUGUGAGCACGUUUCCACGUGCGUCCGCAAACCAAGCUCCUCCCACGGCUACACCUGCGAAUGUGGACAAAAUUACUACGGCCAGUACUGUGAAAACAAAGUGGAAGAGAAAUGUCACGACGGCUGGUGGGGCAGUCCCAUGUGUGGACCGUGUAACUGUGACACAAGCAGAGGAUUUCAUAAAAGCUGUAACAAGACCACCGGGGAGUGCCGCUGCAAGGUGGUUAAAACGGAUCAGCCGGUGGUGUAUGAGGGCUGCCCAAAGGCCUUUGAUUCUGGCAUCUGGUGGCCCAAGACAAAAUUUGGACGCCCUGCUGCUAUGAAAUGUCCCGAAGGAUCUUUUGUGGUGUAUGAGGGCUGCCCAAAGGCCUUUGAUUCUGGCAUCUGGUGGCCCAAGACAAAAUUUGGACGCCCUGCUGCUAUGAAAUGUCCCGAAGGAUCUUUUGGUACUGCCAUCCGCCACUGUAGUGAUGAGAAGGGCUGGCUGGCACCUGAGCUCUUCAACUGCACCACCGUCGCCUUCACACAUUUGAAAAAACUGAAUGACGAUCUCCGCCGCAACAGCUCAAGGAUGGACAGCGAACGCUCCAAGACCAUUGUGCGUUUGCUUCAAAGUGCCACCAACAACACGUCACAUUACUACGGCAACGAUGUGAAGAUGGCCGCCCAGCUUCUGAAUUACGUUCUGCAGUACGAAAGCCGCCAGGCCGGGUUUGAUCUCACCGCCAUGAAGGAUGCAGAGUUUAAUGAGAACUUGGUGCGAGCAGGCAGCGCCAUACUGGAUCCCAACACCAAGGACCACUGGGACCAAAUCCAAAGGACAGAGAGCGGGACCGCGCAUUUGCUCCGAAACUUUGAGGACUACGCGAGCACGCUGGCACAGAAUGUCCGGAAAACCUACCUGAAGCCCUUCACCAUCGUCACUGAAAACAUGAUUCUAACUGUGGACUACUUGGAUGUGUCGAACCCAGAGAGGACAACAUUUCCUCGCUUCUGGGAAAUCCAGGAGGCCUACCCCAAAGAGCUCGGGUCUUCUGUCCGCUUCCCACAGUUUAAUAUCGGUUCUCAGGGAAACAAAGCAGAGCCCACUCCUGCCCCUCCAGCUCAGACAGAAGCUGUCCUCGAGGAGGAGCACACAGUUUCAGAUAGGAAACGCCGCCAUCUCGAGCCACCUGCCCCUCUGCCUGUUGCUGUGGUGAUAGUGUACAAGUCGCUGGGAAAACUCCUUCCGGAAAGAUACGACGCAGACCGCAGGAGUCUGAGAGUCCCCAACCGUCCGGUGAUCAACACAGCCAUCGUGAGCGCCACGAUCCACAGCGAAGGUGAGCCUCUUCCUACCGUCCUGGACCCCCCGGUCAUCUUGGAGUACACCCUGCUGGAGACAGAGGAGCGAACCAAACCCGUCUGCGUGUUCUGGGACCACUCAGUCGGGAGCGGAGGCGCAGGCGGCUGGUCCUCUAAAGGCUGCGAGGUGCUCAACAGGAACAACACCCACAUUAGCUGUCAGUGUAACCACAUGACCAGUUUUGCUGUGUUGAUGGACAUUUCCAAAAGAGAGCACGGCGAUGUCCUGCCUCUGAAGAUCGUCACGUACACCACAGUCUCCGUGUCCCUGUUUCUCCUCCUGAUCACCUUCAUCCUGCUGUGCCUCUUGCACAGGCUCCGUACCAACCUCCACGCCAUCCACAGGAACCUGGUGGCAGCGCUCUUCUUCUCCGAGCUUGUCUUCCUCCUGGGCAUCAACCAGACUGACAAUGUGUUUGUGUGCACCGUGAUCGCCAUCCUCCUCCAUUACUUCUACAUGUGCACCUUUGCCUGGAUGUUCGUGGAGGGGCUGCAUAUCUACCGCAUGCUGACCGAGCUGCGGAACAUCAACUACGGUCACAUGAGGUUCUACUACGCCAUGGGCUGGGGCAUACCGGCUAUCAUCACUGGUGAGUUACACUCACACAUGUUCGCCAGGACAAGCAACAGUGCGAUAGGAGAUGGCAGGUUGUCGGGAGACUCGUGUCAUGACUCGUCUUUUCUGAAAAGUAUAACCUUUGUUAUAUUCCUCCCUCUUCAGCGCUCUCUCAACUGCAACAACAUGUACACAGAGGACGGCGCAGUGUACCGUUCAGGCAUUGGCGAGUCUACCGUCUCACUGGACAGGUCAGCCAAGAGCCGCAGUAGCUACCUGGCUUACACACUCAGGGAGGAGUCUGGUCAGAAGCCCAGUGGCUCUUCUACUGUAUUUGUUCACUGGUCUGUUUCGCCAUCAUUUCUUCAAUUAGACUCUGACUCAGACAGCGAGCUUUCAGUAGAUGAACACAGCUCCUCCUACGCCUCCUCCCACUCCUCCGACAGCGAGGAUGAUGAUAUUGAUGUCAAGCCAAAGUGGAACAACGAGAGGCCUCUUCACAGCACUCCAAAAGGGCAAUCAACAUCUAAUCACGUGAAGCCUUACUGGCCAACAGAUGCCAUUACAGCCAGUGACAGCGAGGACCCCGGUGGGACAGAGAGGCUGAGGGUGGAGACCAAGGUGAACGUGGAGCUGCACCCAGAGAACAAGCUCAACCACGUUGGUGAAAGAGAGAGGGAGGCUCUGCAGGAGAGAGACAGACAGACUCCUACCAGUAUGAAAGACUCAGCGCCUGCCAGUCAGCCUAACAGCAACCACCAGCCAGAGCAGAGAAAAGGCAUCUUGAAGAACAAGAUCAGCUACCCUCCUCCGCUGACCGACAAGAACAUGAAGAACCGUCUGAGGGAGAAGCUGAGCGACUACAACUCGCCCACUAUCACCUCCCCUCCCCCCAACAACAACAACACCACCUCCCCACCCCCUCCCUCCGUCAACAUCAUGACCCCGUCGUCCCGGACGCCUUCGUUGGCCUCCAACGAAGGAAGCCGACUCGGCAACCACGAGAGCGGCUCCCCCGUCAAACCGCCCGUCGCCCCACGACCUCAGAUUCCGCCAGGGGGUAUCUACCGGGAGACAAAUGGCGGAGUUGCCAUGCACUUGAAGUCGGGGACGGUCAACGGAGGCAAUGAGUCAGACUCAGAGCAAACCCAGACCAGCCUGCCUUUAUGAGAGGAGGAGCUAAACAACCUGCCAGGUCGGGGCUGAGGGGACCAAGAGUCGAGGAACAUGAAAGGAAAAGUUGCGAGAUGGAGAGGUGUUAAAGGAUGGAUGAAGAGAAGCCUGAUCCUGUCAGCAUCGCCGCUCCCGUCAUGUUUCCUUUCUCGGGCGAGCAGUAUUAAUUGCAGACGUUAGGACUGCCUUAGAUGAGAAAAUAAGCAGAGAUGUGAGCGAUAACAAAGGGAACGCUGUGCCGGACUGUGUCAAGACACGGUUGAGCCACGUGUGCCAAAACCACUAAUGGAAAUCAUUAGGAAGAGUCGGAAGAUGAAGAAUGACACCCAGAAUGCAUUGUGGGCCCUAACAUGAAGCUCUUCUCUAGUGUUGGCGAGGAGCACAUCAUUAUGUUCUGUUUCUUUAGGUGAAGUUAGCAAAGUGUCAGAUGUAAUAAUCACUGUUCACGAACCUCUAAAGGCUGGUACCGUCACAGUAAAAUGAUUUUAAAGACUGCAGGUCCCUCAGAUGUCUCACACACACAUGCUUCAGUUCAUGCUGGGCAGAGCUAUGAAACACAAAGUGCUCUUCUUUUUUGUUUUAAUUAAAGAAAGGCUUCCACAGCCUCUCGGUGCAGUGUAUUUAGAGUGUAAGUAACAUGUAGAUAAUUUUAAAAAGUGAAGAAGAAAUGAUCUAUUUUCUAUGUCAGUUUUAGCAAGAACACAGUAGUGAAAAAAAGAACAGAAAUCACAUCGUACGCCGGUUUAACAGUCAGAGAACAACAAAUCUGCGCUGCGUGCCUUCAUGCUGCACCGAGGCCUUACAAGCUCACUCAAUACUGUAAAAGGCUGCAGUGGGCUUCCACUCUACAGUGGUGCAUUCACAGGCUGCUGCUGUUGUGUUUGAGUGCAUGCACACACGCAAGAGUACGGUGUAAAUGAACUUUAAUUAUGUGGAAUGAAGAGGAAUUCCCCCCUCUGCUGAAAACUCAGCUUUGCAGUUGGAGCACUGUGAACCUGAAGCCUUGUUUUCCAGUGUUUGUCGAGCCUGUUUAUCCAGUGCAAGACACACUCCUGGUUACCAAAGUCAUGAGAUCUGGUGAAUAAGCAGAUUAGAGUUGGGCGUCAGUUCGGUUUAACUCAGUUUUAGUGCAGAAUUUAAAAAAAAAAAAAGCCAUUUGUUGAUCUUUCGUUGUGUAAAAGUAAGAAA